UCUGAUUCUUGGCGAGACGCUCCACGGCCAUUAUUUGCAGGCACGGCAUCGGGCAAAAUGGCGGCCACCACCAAUAUCCCGACCAUGGACGAUGUUGUCAUGCAUUUUAGCAAGCAGAUCAACAGCCUCAAUCGGGCUCAGCUCUUUCGAAUGGGCGACGAGCUCAUCCAGAACGAUGGCAUUGUCGAGCUCCUGGCCGCCCUUGAAGGCUCGCUGGCCGCCGUGGAGGCCCAAUGCGCUGACUGGGAGAACUUUCUUGAUGCUGAAGAGCGCAGCCUUGAGCCAUUGCAGGUACUUGUUGAUCGCGCCGAGGCCAUGCAGGAACGCCUCAGCUUUGCCAAGGAGAACCUGCCUGCGCAGUUGCCCACAACGCAAGCCUCCGCCCAGCAGAGCCAUGGUGCCGCCCCGCUGCAGCCCAUGGGUCAAAGCACCACCCAGUUGAACGCGACCGGCAAUGCCCGCUAUCAGGGGAAUGGAUCCAAAAAAGGCACGCGUGGCAAGGGCACCAAGCGGACCGUCGCGCUGCCAACGUUGGCCUACUUGCGCGUGGACGAGUUUAAUGCCAUCCCCAAAUACAUGCGCAACCGGGCGACACGUGAGGAGCUGAAUGCGUUGAUCGACACCAUCACGGACGUGGUCACACGCAAAUAUGAGAUCUUGCAGUUGCAGCGCUCCCAAAUGAACGAUGAGACCCUGGCGCACUGGCAUCGCUUUAAGGAGUCGGAGUGUCACGACACGGAUGCGCCUGGCGUCUUUUACUUUACAGAAGAGGAUUUGCGCCGCAUGGCCAGCACCGGCACGGGUCAUACCAAGCGAGAUCUACCCUGUUUGCGCACGGCCGGUCGGCUCAAGGAGAUUCGCACGGGCGGCUGCGUCCGAUAUGUUUUGCAAGGAUCGGCAUGAAAAGCAUGUUCAGUCCAACGUGAUGGAUGCGAGCUUGCGUCCAGCAUCUGAGCCCACAGUGGGGUAUCAUGCUGCGCAAGAGUGUGGCGCCCAUGCCGGUUGCAGCGCGGUUGAGCAGGGCGGCAUGCCUCGUGUUGGCUGUCAGCGUCGUCACUUUCAGUGUGUGGCAGGUGUUGUGUGAUGGCAGGUGUACGAGAGAGUUAACAAUUGACGUCUGUGCCAGUCGAUACGAUGGGGUAGCAAACUCAUUUUAAUUGAUCGGUGAUACGUG